AUGGCGUUCAGUCAUUUGGGUUUGAUUAAAGAGUUGUGUUCAGUAUGUCAGCAUAUGAAUUGGGAUUCUCCUACAAAAAUACAACUGAAAUCGAUUCCUUUCGCUCUUGAAGGAAAAGAUAUUGUUGGGAUUGCUGAAACGGGAUCUGGUAAAACAGGAGCUUUCCUUCUACCCAUAAUUCAACAUUGGAUUAAAUGUGGUCAACCAGUUGGUUUUGCAUUAAUUUUGGCUCCUACUCGUGAAUUGGCUCAACAAUUAGCCAAUGAGGCUGAACGUUUAGGACAGUGCAAAACAGAUGAGUUAGAAUUUCAUUUAGAAGUAAUUCUUCUUGUCGGUGGUGAAGAUAUGGUAGAUCAAGCGUUAAAACUUGCAUGGAGAAAACAUCAUUUCAUUGUGGCAACUCCUGGACGUUUAGUUGAUCAUUUAAAACAAUCAGUAAAUUUUGCUACACAACAAUUAUCAAAUAUUCGUCAUUUAGUAUUAGAUGAAGCUGACAGAAUGUUAAAUAUGGCUUUCGCUGAUGAUAUUGACAAAAUAUUAAAUUUAUAUGAAAAACCAAAAUCAAAAGGAAAGAAACGUAAACGAAAGACAAAACCACUGUUAGUUCAAUUAGCCGAUAAUAAUAAUAAUAAUAAUACUAAUGAUAUGACUAACAAUGACAUUCAGUCAAAUAACAAACAGAUUCAGUCAAUUUCAACCAAAUAUCCUCAUCCACAAAUUUAUUUAUAUUCGGCUACAAUGACAAAAGAUGUUAUCAAACUACGUCGUGCUGCAUUAUCAUCAAAUGCUGUAUUUAUCAAUGAGAAUGAUAAUACCCUUAAUAAUAAUAAUAAUCUAAUGAUGGAUAAUCAGAGUACAACAGAAUAUAAUCUUAUACAACAUUCUAAUUCAUCAUUAAAAUUAAAUAAAAAUUUAAAAACUGGUUUCCCUAUUGGUUUAUCACAUUAUUGUCUUCCUAUACGAUUGGCUGAUCGUCCUACAAUAUUAAAUUGGAUUGUAGAAAAUGUGAUACAAACAAAUUUAUUAGAGAAAUUCGGCAUUACCAGUUCUACACCAAGUCGUAAACAUCAUAUCAUGAUAUUUUGUAAAAGAUGUCAUGAAACUAUAAUGGUUUCAGAAUUUCUUCGUGAAUCUGGUCAUUCCAGUGUGGCAUUAACAGGACGUAUGAAACAAAUUGAACGUAAAGAAUCAUUAAAUAAAUUCAUUUCAAGUGAAGUAGAAGUUUUAGUUGCAACUGAUGUUGCUAGUCGGGGACUGGAUAUUCCUCAUGUUGAAUUUGUUAUCAAUUAUAAUGUACCUUUAUCGGAAAAGACCUAUCGACAUCGUGUUGGUAGAACUGCACGAGCUGGACAAACUGGUGUAGCGUUAACCCUAGUAACACGUGAUGUAGCUCAAAGUUUUUUAGAAUUAGAAGCUGCUUUACUACCUUAUCUUCCAUUAUCAAGUACCAAUAAUAAUAAUUCACCGGGAAUACCUCGUUGGCCAAUUCCACUACCGGAUUUACAUGGUCGGAAUGGACUGCUAACUCGUCGUCGUCUAGCAGAUCAAGCUUGGUCGAGAGCUUCAAAGACUAUUCGAUCCCAGCUUGAAAGUCAUCGUAAUGUAGACAAUAAUCUAAUUGAUUUAGAUCCAAUAAUGAAUGAAGAAUUAAUUGAAGCUUAUGCUAAUUCUGAUGAAGAUGAGCAUAGUAAUAUCUCUAGUUCAUCAUUGUCAAAUGAUGAAUUAAAUAUCAAUGAAAUAUCAACAAUAUCAAAUAAACACUAUCCUAUUAUCCCAUUAGAUACAUCCGGUCAAGCUGGUAUUAAUGCUGCACGUAAAACAUGGAAAUCUUUAGCUAAAAUACAUCAACUUCAACAAAAAGCAAAAGCAGAAUCAGCAGAACAACAACGUUUAACUAAAUCUAUUGGUUGGGGUGUUACUUUAACAAGAAACACACUGAAUAAUAACAAUAAUGGAUCCGAUGAUAAUGACAUAAUGGAUCGUUUCAAUAAUGAAAAUAUCAAUGAUGAUGAUGAUGGUGAUGAACAAGAGAUAACUCACUUUGACCAACCAAUUAAAACAAAAUAUGCUAAAAUUCAAUCAAUGAAAAAAGUGAAUAAAUUGAAAUCCAAUAAAAUCAAAUGA